AUGACAGCACUAUCAAUUCCACGGCCACAAUUCCAAUCUCACCCAUUCCAUAUGGUUGAAUCAUCCCCAUGGCCUAUGCUAACUGGUAACGCAGUUCUAUCUAUGAUGAUCGGUUUCGUACUAUGGGAAAACGGUAUCGAAUACGGAUCAGAACUACUAACACUAGGACUACUAUCUGUAGUAUUCGCAUUCAUUCUAUGGUUCCGAGACAUCACAAUCGAAGGUACAUACCUUGGAGACCACACACUUAUUGUGCAAAAGGGUCUUACAAUGGGUGUAUCACUAUUCAUUUGCGAACUAUUGAAACUACAAAUUAGUGAUAAUAUACAUGACUUCCACUCAUCACUAGCCCCUACAGUUGAACUAGGGUCACAAUGGCCUCCAGCUGGUAUCGAAGCUCUUAACCCAUUUGCUGUACCUCUACUUAACACUAUUCUACUACUUUCAAGUGGUGCUACAGUUACUUACUCACACCACGCACUAAUCUACGGUAACCGAAGCGCAGCUAUUGUAGGUGUAGUACUAACAGUAGUUCUUGCUACAAUCUUCACAGGUCUACAAGGAUUCGAAUACCUAAACGCAGGGUUCACAAUUGGUGAUGGUAUCUACGGUACAUGUUUCUACUUUGCAACUGGUUUCCACGGUAUCCACGUCAUCGUUGGUACAAUCUUUAUCGCAGUAGGUGCAUACCGAAUUUACGCAUACCACCUGACUUCUGACCACCACAUUGGAUUCGAAGCUUCAAUUCUAUAUUGGCACUUUGUUGACGUAGUAUGGCUAUUCCUGUUUGCCGCAGUAUAUAUCUGGGGUUCAGACGGAGUAUUCUAA